UCUCCCUCCCACUCCUUUCAUUUAACUCCCACACUUCAGAUGGAAAACAAGUCCCACUGUAACCUGACUCGCUCCAGAGAUUGAAGACAGCCGGCGCUCACCAGAAGAAGACUGCACAGAAGACUACCGUUCUUUAACGCAUCAAGAUUCCGAAGAUGAAAGUGUAUAAAGAGAUCAUCAGAUAUGAAUCGGCUCCCUUGUCCGCAAGACACCAUGAUAGGGGGACCACUGAACCAAUCAGCUUCUUCUUCUCCAACCUGGAGGAACUGCUCUCAUGGAGGCCAACCAACCAGGACAAGUACAAUGUCGCUGUAUCUCCUCUUGCCAAAAGACAUCCACCUAUUGAGCAUCAGAGGCCCCGGACUCUGAUCUGCCAUGACAUGAAGGGGGGAUAUCUGGAAGACAGGUUCAUCCAGGGAUCUGACACUAAGGACCCUUAUGUGUUCUACCACUGGCAGUACAUUGAUACGUUUGUAUACUUCAGUCACCGAAUGUUCACCCUUCCUCCUGUGUGCUGGACGAACGCUGCCCACAAGCAUGGAGUCCCCAUUCUAGGAACCUUCAUCACAGAGUGGGACGAUGGGGCUACGGUCUGCGAGUCUAUCCUGACUGGUGAAGAAUCUACAUAUAAAGCUGUGGCAGAUCAGAUGGUCCUGUUGGCUCAAUUCUAUCGAUUCGAUGGCUGGCUGGUCAACAUUGAGAACGUACUUAGUCCGGUGGCAGUGUCCCGGAUGCCGCUCUUCCUUUCCUACUUAACGGAAAAGUUGCACUCCCAAGUCCCGGGCAGCCUGGUCCUUUGGUACGACAGUGUGAUCCAUACCGGAGAACUGCGUUGGCAGAAUGAACUUAAUGAUGAGAACAGACAGUUUUUCGAUGCUUGUGAUGGAAUUUUCACAAACUACAACUGGAACGAGGAGCAUUUGCAACGUAUGGCGGUAAACCCCCGCAGGUCGGAUAUCUAUGUUGGAGUGGACGUCUUUGGUCGAGGAGACGUUGUUGGAGGGCAGUUUGAAACCUUCAAGUCCUUGCAGUUGAUCCGUCAGUAUGGCUUCUCGGCUGCGCUCUUUGCUCCUGGCUGGGUCUACGAAUGUUUCAACAAAGAACAGUUCCUGGAGAACCAGCACAGGUUUUGGUCUCUCUUGGAGAAUCACCUGUACAUCCACAGUCUCUGCACCCUUCCAAUAUGUUCCUCAUUCUGUCUUGGUUAUGGAAAGAAGAGGUUUUUCUUCGGAGAGGCGGAAGACACCGGGGCCUGGUUUAAUUUGAGUGCUCAGGAGUUGCAGCCCAUCUUCUCUUCGGUAGAACUGGAUGAAGGCAUCAGUUAUGUGAAGACUCGGGUUUGCCCACAGGAAGCCUGGAAUGGAGGCAACUCUCUCCUGGUGGAAGGAAAGCUAUCGGCAGACACCAAUGGCGUCUCUUUGAAGUUGUUUUCUCUACAUGUUCCUGUUCCAGAGAAGCUCUUGCUCUCCAUGGUCUACAGGCUGGAGGAGUCACCCAAUGUUGCGGUAUCGCUGGAGCUCUCCACCCAAGACGCCCCAGUGUGCAGUGUGGAGAGUAUUUCUGAACUGACCGUGCAGCAUCGAACGCACACUCCGACCUCCCUCCAAGGUCCGCCUACGUUUCUUACAGACACUCAACAUGGCAAAGAAUCUGGAUGGGUAAAAAGAUAUUAUGAGGUGCAGCUCAGCGGAUGUGUCCUGACCAGUUUAUCGGUACAUUUUGCCAACCUGACGCCUAGUGAAGAGGAGCAAAACUUUGUGUGUCGCCUCGGAGAAAUAAGGGCUCUCGAUGUUUCUCUACCUCCGCCUCGUCCCGUGCCGCCUACUGACCUCUCUCUGUCCCACAUCCUGUGGCGGAGGGAUGAGCAGACCAAUCAACUCUUUGUCAGCCUCACCCUCUACUGGAGCCACAGCAUGGACAACAUUCGCCACUUCCGAAUAUACUGUCGGGGCGUCACCUGCCAACGAGCACCAGAGUCUCAGGCUCACCUUCUCGGACUGGCGCACGCUUGCAUCUACCGCGUGGUUGACCUGGAGGUGCCUGACCCGUGCUCUCCUGCCCCGGGCAGGUUGGAGUUCACGGUACAACCAGUUAAUAAGGACGUUGUUGAAAUCUUGUCUCCAGAAUGGGGGCUGUUGGUUUUAGAAUUUGUGGAGCAGACGCAAACCGAGGUCUGACUGUGUGGAUGGUUGGGUGGUACCUUACAAGGCAAGCUGGUGCUGUUUAUUAUAUAUGGUUCAUUGUACUUGUUUUCCUGCAGC